AUGCUACAUCGUCAAAAUUCUCUUGAAACCAAUGGACAGAACGUAUCCCAAUGGCACUCGCUUCUCUUAGAGUCUGUUCAACAGCCUCGUCAUGUUUUUGAGCCCCAGCGUUUGACAUCACUGGUACCGCGCACUAUUGUGAAGUCAUACAGAGUACACCACGCUCUAUCGUCUCCGAACAUCAUUUUGAAGUUGUCAAGGCGCGACUCACCAGCUUUGCGACGACCAACACACAUAGAGCCCUUCUUGAAGAUAUACCGGCCCAGCAAAGAUAGAUUGCAACAACAAGACUACUCUACUGCCUUCAGCACCGUUCGCACAGCUCCACAACAAUCCGGAAUAAUUUCUGGCUACAACAGCGAAGACAUCCUCUCUAUGACCUCGGACAAGCCAGACGUCCCGACUCACAGGCCCACAAUGGGCAUCCUGCCACGCCUGGACGGCGAGAGGAUCCUGGAGAUGACUUCGUCAGAUGUCCUUAGUCGCGGACCUUUCCGUCUUAACCAACGGCCAGUCUAG